CGUACAUAAGAAUCCCAUCCGCGGCCGAGGGAGAGACAGGGAGUGUUGGGGGUCCAUCCGUUUCAGCCUCGGUUGCCGCGAGACCCCAAACAGCUGGGAAAAGCGAUCCCAACCUGCGAGCGCGCUCCGGGUUCACGUCCAGAGGGCGCUGCAGACUCGCGCCCAGAGGACCAACUCCCACUCCUGCCCCUCUCCUGGGCAGCGCCCCGGUACUCUGAGCCUGAGAGCAAGUGGGUGCACCCCGCCUCACCACCCCGGUGCAGCCGAACUUAAACGCCGGGAACCACAGUUUGCGGGAACCCCCGCUCUGAAAGCAGGCGAAGUUCAGCCGCUGCCUUGCUGGAGCCCCACCGGCGGAGCUCGGCUGGAGAGGUGCGGGCCUGAUCCGAUCCGAGCGCAGAGGAAUCUGGUAGUAGAGAGCGGACUCCAGCGGGGCACUCCAAAGCCCUCGCUUAGGACAGCAGAGCGCUGGGCAGGCGCCCGAGGUAGCAUCGCGCCGAGCGACCGGCGGAGCCGGCCCUUAGCCCCGACCAGCGCAGCCCGCCGAGCUCCAGCCGACGGUCCAGGCAGCAUGAGGCGCGCGGCGCUCUGGCUCUGGCUUUGCGCGCUGGCGCUGCUCCUGCAGCCGGCCCUCCCGCAAAUUAUGGCCACAAAUGUGCCCCCUGAGGAUCAGGAUGGUUCUGGGGAUGACUCUGACAACUUUUCUGGCUCAGGCGCAGGUGCUUCUCAAGACACCACCUUGACGCAGCAGACCCCCUCCACUGAGAAAGACGUGUGGCUCCUGACAACCACAUCCACAGCUCCAGAGCCCACUGGCUCGGAGCCCACAGCAACCUUCACCUCCGUCCUGCUGGCUGGAGUGGGGCCUGAAGAGAAAGAUGUAGUAGUCCGGGCAGAAGCAGAGCCUAGCCUCACUGCCCAGGAGCAGGAGGCCACCCUCCCACCCAAGGAGACCACGCGGUUCUCAACCACUCAUCGGGCCACAACAGCCAGAGCCACCACAGCCCAGGCACCUGCCACCUCCCACUCCCACAGGGACAUGCAGCCUGACCACCAUGAGACCUCAGCUUCUGCAGGACCUGGCCAAGUGGACCCUCACAUUCCCAGUGUAGAGGACAGAGGUCCUUCUGCCACGGAGAGGGCUGCUGAGGAUGGAGCUUCCAAUCAGUUCCCAACAGGAGAGGGCUCAGGGGAGCAGGACUUCACCUUUGAAACUUCUGCAGAGAACACAGCUGUGGUGACCGAGAAGGCGGUGGAGCCUGACAACAGGAAUCAGUUCCUAGAGAAUGAAGGGGCCACGGGGGCCUCGCAGGGCCUCCUGGACAGGAAGGAGGUACUGGGAGGGGUCAUUGCUGGAGGCCUGGUGGGGCUCAUCUUCGCCGUGUGCCUGGUGGGCUUCGUGCUGUACCGCAUGAAGAAGAAGGAUGAGGGCAGCUACUCCCUGGAGGAGCCGAAGCAAGCCAAUGGCGGUGCCUACCAGAAGCCCACCAAGCAGGAGGAGUUCUACGCCUGACAGGGGCACUAUCCUCCCCUUCUCCCACCACUCACUAGGCCCCCACUUUUCUCUUCCGUGAAGAACUGCAGGCCCUGGCCCCUGCUGCCACACCACCUUCCCAGCACUCUGGCCCACCGGCUGUUCCCUGCCCACGGAGUCCUAGGGUGCGCAGGGAGCUCCACUCUGCUUCUCUGACUUCUGCCUGCAGACUUGGGGCACAGAGGGUUUCUUGCAUAUGAUCUUUCCACCAUAGCUGGUGCCUGGCGUCAUACUGUUCUGACUAAGUGGAGCAGCCCCUCCCCAGGCCUAGCUCUGGAGAGAAAGGGGACCCAACUGCGUUGGAUCUGGAUGGCCCUCUGUGGGUGGUGGCUUUGGGCUGAUACAUCUAGAGCACUUACUGGUAGAUCCAACAGUCUGGGGGUCUUUGACCCCUGAGUGGCUGGAGAGGGCAGUUUAGGCUUCUUCAGAGUUCACACUGUUUCGUGGGGAAGUUGAAUUUAGGUAUCAAUUCGGUUUUGCACAUGUUCCCUCUAGUUUCUUUGUUCAUAGCCCCAGUAGACCUUUGUUACUUCUGAGGUAAGUUGAGUAAGUUGACUUGGUAUCCCCCAUCUUGCUUCCCUAAUCUAUAGUCAGGAGACAGCAUCAGGGUUAAGAAGAUUUUUUUUUUUUUUUUUUUAAACUAGGAGAACCAAAUCUGGAAGCCAAAUUGUAGGCUUAGUUUGUGUGUUGUCUUGGAGUUUGUCACUCAUGUGUGCAACAGGGUAUGGACUAUCUCUGUCUGGUGGCCCCAUUUGGGGUGGCCUAUUGGUGGGCUGGCCAGUCCUGGCUGCCAUAGGGCCACCCCUGCUUUUGAGCAGUGGAGCCUGUGACAUUGAGCUCAUGGCCGCACUGUGGCUUGCGCUGCCGUGACAUUGGAGGAGCCCAUGUGAAGUGAAUGGUGGAGGUAUGGAGAAAGGACCUCAGAGUGAGUGAAUGGGUAGCAGUGGCCCGGAGACUCUCUUGCAGACCUCGCCCCUCCUGCCUUGAGCACCCCGUCUGGGGGAUGCUUCCUCUUGGAAGUUGACAAGAAGUGUCUUGGGCACAGCUGACUCUUUGUGCCUCCAUGAAGGACCAGGUUCACCCUUAGCUCCUGUGGCCCUGCCCUCGGCUGGAAUCAGGAAUGUUUUCCAAAGAGUAAUCGUCUUUUGCUUUUGGCAAAACUCUACUUAAUCCAAUGGGUUUUUCCCUGUACAGUAGAUUUUCCAAAUGUAAUAAACUUUAAUAUAAAGUA